AAAGAAUGAAGCCUAACAUAUUCAUGCGGAAACUGUGUCUACGUAUGAACUAUGCAAAAGAUCGCAUUGUAAGACAGGCUCUUUUUGUUCGCAAUUGGUUUCCGGAGCUGGGUUGCACCAAAUUUAGUGGACGUGGAAUAGACUGUGCUUUUGCUUGUCAUCGUGGCAACAAAGCAUUCAUCACGCGCAUAGACUAUAAUCGCAAGGUGAUGGAUUAAAAAUUUAAAAUAUAUGCCAUGUUCCUUAAAAGUCGAGGGUUCUGCUUUCGAAAGCGGUGAGGACGCUGCUUUUGAAGCUGAAGAUGACAAGCUUAUUUCUUCAAAGGCAACCAAUGGAAUAGGAGCAGUGUUUGCUUCCCACAAGAAAGGUCAGGCUUGCCUUGUCCAAGAAGAUUACUACGCACUCAUUGACUUUGUGAACAACGGCAUUAUUGAAAUAGUGGAUAAAAUUGAAAACAAGUGGUCCAGGUUUGGAAGUAUGGUGCCCCGCAAGAACGAUGUCUGCGACUGCUCUUUUAAAGGUAGCUAGAGUCGGCUCUACACUUUGACAAUUUGUUCUUUCUACACUUUGUUUCUGGUUUAUGUUUCUUAUCUUAGAAUUAAGAUGUCUGCAGCACUUUGACAGUUUUUUUCUUUCUACGCUUUGUUUCUGGUUUAUGUUUCAUGUCUUUGCAAUAAGAUGUCUGCACUUCC